CGAAAAAAUGGCUAUCGAGGUCGUUUCAGAAGACCAAACGCCGACCGAGACAAGCCCUCUACUAGGCGGUCACCAAAAUGGUCAAACCGUCCAACCGAUAAACGCCCAACCGGGGUCGUCAAAUUCUUCUGAGAAUGUUGCAAACGGAAACGGCGGUUCGAGCGAUUCGAGCGACGUCGAAAACAUAACAGCUCUAGCGGAAGAACCUAGCACCAAAAAGCUCGUGGCAAUCAUGGCGGCGAUAUGGACUGGUGUGUUCUUUGCUGCUUUGGAUACCACAAUCGUUGCAACCCUGACGGCGCCCAUAUCUUCAUCCUUUGACUCCCUAAGCCUCCUGUCGUGGUUGGCGUCUGGCUACCUGAUUGCCAAUUCUGCAUGUCAGCCCCUCUCGGGGAAACUGACAGACAUCUUCUCCCGACGAUAUGGCCUUGUGUUUUCAAACGUCUUCUUCGCGGCGGGUACUCUGAUCUGUGGCCUUGCCCCUAAUGCUCAAACAAUAAUCGCUGGAAGGGUCAUUGCUGGUAUCGGAGGAGGCGGUCUCUCCUGCAUCACUACCUUUGUCACAUCCGACCUGAUUCCCCUCCGCCGCCGCGGUCUCUGGCAAGGUUAUGGCAACCUCAUCUUCGGUCUGGGAAUGGGCACAGGGGGUGUCUUCGGUGGAUUGUUGGCUGAUCGCCUCUCGUGGCGCUGGGCUUUUCUGAUCCAAGUCCCAUUCAUCUUCGUCUCGACCGUCAUGGUCUGGUUCCUGGUCGACAUCCCUGUCAAUGCGAGCGCGAAACCACCACUGAGUCGAAUCGACUUUCUCGGCUCUUCUCUCCUCGUCACGUCGCUUGUCCUGCUCCUCCUGGGUCUAAACACUGGGGGCAACCAACGAGCCUGGUCUCACCCUUUGAUCAUCACGAGUCUCGUCCUCGCAUUUGUGACGUUUACAUUGUUUCUUUUCAUCGAGUCAUCCUCACCGAAUCUAGUUCCCGAACCCAUCAUUCCCGUCUCGCUCAUCGUGCGCACCCGCACCGUCCUCGCGUCCUGCCUCGUCAACUGGUUUGGCACCAUGGCCGCCUUUCUUGCCCUCUACUACGUGCCUCUGUACCUCCAGGUGCGGGGCCUGAGCGCCACCCAGGCUGGGCUCAGAGUCAUCCCUUUUGCGGUGAGCACGUCCCUGGGCAGCCUGGGAUCAGGGUACGUGAUGCGCGUGACGGGUCGUUACUACUGGUCCAUGGUAUGCUCGAUGGCCGUCUUCGUGCUGGGCUCCGCCUUGCUGUGCACCUUCCGCCUCGACACCCCAAGCUGGCCGACCUACGUCUACGUCACGCCUUUAGGUUUGGGCUAUGGGGCCAUGCUGACCAUCACGCUGGUCGCCAUGAUCAGUUCCGUCGAUCACGAGCACCAAGCUGUCAUUACUGCGGCGAGCUACGCCUUUCGUUCUACGGGCUCGACCAUCGGUAUCACCAUCGCCGGCGCCGUCUUUCAGAAUAUUCUCACUCAAGAGCUCUACGCAAAGUACGGCGGCACGCCAGGGAGUGACGACCAAAUCCGCAGGAUCAGGGAUAGUCUGGAUGGACUGAAGCACCUCCCCGUUGGCUGGGAUGUGGACGUCGUUUAUGCCAUCUACAUGCACGCGCUGAGGGGUGCCUUCGUGGCUGGCCUUGGGUUGGCUGUGUUGGCCAUUGUAUCCGGACUAGGCAUGAAGGAGCACGUCUUGCACAAAAAUCUGGCCCGGAAAUAGGUUGCAGAACAGAGAAAUCUGGCAAAAGGCCAAAACGAGAACAAGAAAUCGAAAGCAAAACAAGAAACUCAAUCGGAGAGCAACUCGAAGGGUGACUGUAGAAUAUGAGAUUGACAAACGUCAAUCGAGCCGAGAAGGUUCCACUGUCACACAUCAACCUGCAGCCCACCAAAUGCAUGCUAAUCUUCCAACGAUCGGCAACAAUGACUUUCUUCAUCUGUUCAUGGGGGAAAAGGAAGAAAACGAGGGAGAAGCAUCCUUCGCUUCCUAGGGUGGGUUGUUGUCACUCUGUCUUGCCUAUGAUCAGCCAAUGUUUUUACUCUGUACGGCCUGCACGGAGGGUUAACUGGUCUCGACCAGCCUACAAAAUCAAGCAGUGGGCCUCUUUUGCGGGCCCAAAUAUGCAUGCAUGCAUGUUCAUGCUUCUGUUUCCUGCUCUUUCGGCUGCUUCUCCUCGUCGCCACACACACGUCAAAUGCUAGACCACGCAGAUGGCUCAAAGAGGUAUGAAUUCGCCACCUCAGACCGUAUCGAUGAAAGCUACACGUCAAACAUCCCUGGCCAUAUGAAAACAAAGAUGGAAUUUGACUGGUCAGUUCGUUCCCUAGUUGCAUAAUGAAAGAAGCAAGGAGAAUGGAUUAAAUCAUUUGAAGAGGGUCGGUUUCACUUACGUGCUGCUUUUCCCUUUUACUCUGUAUGUACGGAGCACCGAGGGAGUAUGCUGCUGCAGGAAAUAAGCCUCAUCAAUAUAACAAUUCGAUCCACGUAUCCUGCUCAGGCGGCCGAUUGCAGACCAUUGAAUGCUUUGUGGAGGAGCUCAAUUAUGCAGAAACGAGAGAAGAACUUCAUACUAGCCCCCGCUGGUCACGGUGACGAGAGUCCUUUUUGCACCUGGGCCACCUUCUUCCCAGGGCAGCCGAGACCUAACACUACUGCAUACUGGCGAUAUUUUUGUCACCGAUGUUGACCUUGCAGAGGGCUCGUACGAAGCAAAACGCUGGAGCAGUUUCUGAAAGCACUUUUCUACAGUAUGAAGGAAAGUACUCUACGACAAAAAACAACAAAAGCAAAAAGAGGUGCCAGUUACCAUUCACCAUUAUGCUCAUCAUGUACGGUGUGAAAAACUUACAUACAGAGUACUUGAAACGAAGUAGAGGGACGGGAUGGUUGGCUGGCUGGCUGGCUCGCGUUACCAAUGGACUAGAGAAGUACAGUUAAUUUUCAAAUGUGGAGGACUUGAGCGUGAUCCCGGUGACCCAUGAUACCUGCGAAGCUGGAUACGGCCAUGGGGUGGUUUAACCGCUACGGCUAACCCGUGGAACGGCCCGUUGUGAGCCAUGCAUGCAUAUUGGUGUGUGGUGAGCUGGCACACACACACUUGGACCGUUCCUUUGUCCUUCUAGGGCGUGAGGCUGGGCCUGCUUUGCGACAAGGAUCUUCCAUGAUCUUUCUGGAGUGGACACCGCAUGUAGGCUGACUUUCCUCGUCACUCGGACCCACCGUGAUGGUUUGUCUUCUACGAGUACCUGUACCCGAAGAAAACUGCUUCGACAUAGUGAAGCGGGCUCAUGCCUACCGGAGUUCUGGUGGAGUCGAAGCCCCUGUCGAAAGAUUCUCCACUGUGGCGUGGGUCUUUCUUCGAAACCAAGUCCUUUGGAACGCAGAAACAAAAAGCCAGCCUCAGUGACAGCCGCGGUCACACGGAGUACCACGGAGAAGCAAGCAAAGAGACAUCCCCCAGCACGCGGUUUCGAUCCUCGCCAUCGCUAAAUGACCCUGCACGAACAAAACAAUCAGACUCAUUAGAAGCGAAUUAGACUCUAAAUUGAUUGGUGGCCAUGCAUGUUUAUCCAUCAUCUCCCUUGCAGGGGGAUCAUGAAAACGGACCAGGGUGUAACCGGACCAAACCAACCUUGUUGUAGUCAGAAACGCAAAGGACCACGCUAAGUUGUCAAUAAACAUGGAUGAAGGCCACGAGCGAAGGCGAUCCU